AUGAAGGCGACAAUAAACAAAACCAAAGGGAAUAUUUUUUCCACCGCACUGUUCAAACUACUGUUUGCGGUCACAGUUAUGCAAGGCGUCAGCGGUAAGACUUUAAAAUACAAAGUUUACGAGGAGCAGAAAGUGGGCACGGUGAUUGCGCGGCUAAAGGAGGACGUGGCUGGCGUUUUGUCCAAACUGCCCAGCUCCUUGGUGUUUCGCUUUCGCGCUAUGCAACGGGGGAACACGCCGUUUCUUCUGGUUCGGGAGGAGGACGGGGAGAUCACCAUAGGCACCAAAAUCGACCGGGAGAAGCUUUGCGAGAAAAACCUGAACUGUUCCAUUGAGUUCGACGUGGUCACCCUGCCCACCGAAUACUUGCAGCUUUUCCACGUCGAGGUCGAAGUGCUGGAUAUCAACGACAACUCUCCGCACUUCUCCCGCGCUAUUAUCCCCAUCGAGAUCUCCGAGAGCGCGUCCGUGGGCACCCGCGUCCCGCUGGACGGCGCCACUGAUCCAGACGUGGGGGAGAACUCUUUGCACACCUACUCUCUCACGCCCAAUAACUUUUUCAAAAUCGACGUGAGGACCAGAACGGAUGGAGCCAAGUACGCCGAGCUGGUGGUGAUGAGGGAGCUGGACCGGGAGGUGCAGUCGAGCUACCAGCUCCAGUUGACGGCCUCGGAUAACGGCGUCCCUCCCAAGUCCGGAUCGACCUUACUCAAAAUUUCCAUUUCCGACUCAAACGAUAACAGCCCGGCCUUCGACGAGCAGGCUUACGUGAUCAAUCUGCUGGAGAACUCCCCCCUUGGGACUCUGCUCAUUGACUUGAACGCCACGGAUCCGGACGAGGGCAGCAACGGGAAAAUUGUUUACUCUUUCAGUAACCACAUCUCACCAAAGAUUUUGGAAACGUUCAAGAUAAACCCAGAAAAUGGCCAUAUCACGCUGAUAAAAAAAGUGGACUACGAGACCACCUCUUCCUAUGAGCUGGACGUGCAGGCUCAGGACUUGGGCCCUAAUUCCAUCCCGGGGCUCUGCAAGAUUAUUGUGAAAGUAGUGGACGUGAACGACAACAAACCAGAGAUCAACAUCAACCUCAUGACGCCUGGCAAAGAGGAGGUAGCCUACAUUUCGGAGGGUGCCCCUGUGGACACUUUCAUAGCACUGGUGCGUGUGGACGAUAGUGAUGCAGGACUCAAUGGCGAGGUGGUUUGCAGGCUUCAUGGCCACAGUCACUUCAGACUCCAGAAAACGUACGAGAAGAACUACAUGAUCCUUACCAAUGUCUCCCUGGACAGAGAAAAGAGGUCUGAAUACAGCCUCACUGUCAUAGCUGAAGACAGGGGCUCCCCCAGCCUCUCUACCAUCAAACACUUCACUGUCCAGGUCCUGGAUGAAAACGAUAACCCUCCUAGCUUUGAAAAAAGCCGUUACGAGGUAUUUAAGUCCGAGAAUAACUCUCCGGGGGCCUACUUGAUGACAGUGGUGGCUUCAGAUCCAGAUCUUGGCACCAAUGGUCAAGUCACCUACACCAUUGUGGAUUCACUGGUCCAGGGGAGCCCCAUUUCCACUUAUGUGACAAUUGACCUGUCCAAUGGCGCCAUCUACGCCUUACGCAGCUUUGACCAUGAAGAUGUCAGCCGGAUUACCUUCACGGUUCAGGUGCGUGACGGGGGAAACCCUUCCCUCUCAGCAAAUACCACUGUUUUGCUGACAGUCCUAGAUGAAAACGACAACCCCCCCGUCAUCCACUCCCCCUCCCUCCGUAACCACACUGCUGACCUCCCGGUGUGGAAGUACGCCUCACCCGGUCAGCUGAUCACCGUGCUCAAGGCCACCGACCGUGACGCCGGGGCCAAUGGAGAGGUGAGCUGUGCCAUUGUCGGAGGCAACGAAGACGGGCUGUUCAUGAUGGACGCACGCCACUGUGAGCUCCGGACCAACGCAAGCCUGGAGAGGGCUCCCAGGGACGCGAUGGAGAUCAGAGUGGAGGUGCAGGACAGGGGCACAAACCGGCUGUCCACGAGCGCUCUUCUCAGGCUCACUUUGCAAGAGAACAUGGAUGUCCUUCCACCUCUAAACCCUACCGACUCGAGCCACCCCCCUCUGGACCUCUCCCUCAUUGUCAUCAUCUCUCUGGGAGCUGUGUGCGCCCUGCUGCUCAUUGUGAUGCUAAUGUUUGCUACAGCGCGCUGCAGCCGCGAGAAGAAGGACCCAAGGCACAAUUACAACUGUCGCGUGGCAGAGAACAGCUACCAGAACCACCCCAAGAAGCCCGCCAGGCAGAUCCACAAAGGGGACAUCACUCUGGUUCCGACCGUUAAUGGGACUCUGCCCGUACGGUCCCACCAACACUCCCCUUCUGCCUCCCCUGCACCUGAAAGGGGCACCUUGGGUAUCAGACAGAGCCACCACAGCCACCAGUCACUAAACAGCCUGGUUACAAUCUCCUCCAAUCACGUGCCGGAGAAUUUUGCACUUGAGCUGGCUCAUGCCACGCCUCCUGUUGAGCAAGUCUCACAGCUUCUGUCCAUGCUCCAUCAGGGCCAGUACCAGCCACGACCAAGCUUCAGAGGCAACAAAUACACCAGGAGCUACAGAUAUGCCCUAAAUGACAUGGAUAAAUUCAGUUUGAAGGACAGCGGCCGUGGCGACAGUGAAGCAGGGGACAGCGACUAUGAACCUGGCAGAGAGUCUCCCAUGGAUAGGCUCUUGGGUGAGGGAUUUACUGAGCUAUGUCCCCCUGAUGGCCAGCACAGAGCACACACAGCGAUGAGGCUCUGCACGGAGGAGUGUCGCGUCCUGGGUCACUCGGACCAGUGCUGGAUGCCCCCGCUGCCCUGCCCGGCCUCCUCGUCCGCCGACUACCGUAGUAAUCUCUACAUUCCCGGGGAGGAGGCCCGCCAAGCCAACAACCCCGCACAGGAGAAGACCCCUCAGCCCUGCACUGAUACCGGCCCCGCCCGCAACCAGAGCUUCUCCACUUUCGGCAAGGACCCCGGUGGAGAGGACGAGGAAGAAGGGAGGGGCGAGGGUGAAGGUGAGGGGGGGAAAGAGGACCUGUGCGGGUCCACCUCCUUGCUGUCGGAGAUGAGCAGUGUGUUCCAGCGGCUGCUGCCCCCGUCUCUGGACUCUUACGCUCAGGUCAGCGAAAGCCAGAAAGGGACUAGUGUCAGCGGCAUGGGGGUCCCCUUGACCGGAUCUCGACCGCAGGAGGAGCCACCACCUCCCGGUAAGCCCAGCCCGUCGGUCCACCAGCAGGGUGUGGCUGCCUGGGCGGCCAACACCCACUUCCAGAACCCGGGGAGCAACAUCGGCCCCUCCAGUCACCACCAAAAUGGUAGCUACCACACCCUUAAACCCAACAUCAAGUUCAACUCCCAGAGCAGCACCCAUAAGAGUUCACAGGCCUCCAAAAACAGUCCACAGAAUAGCAGCCAGGUCCCCAAAGCUCACAACGGCGCCCUGCUCACAGCUUUGGUCAGCCCCUUGGUGCAGCCUUCUCCUGCCCCAGUGCCAGUGGCGGUGCCCUUCCCGGACCCCUCCUCAAAAUGGCUGCCGGCCAUGGAAGAGAUUCCGGAAAACUACGAGGAGGAUGAUUUUGAGUCAGUUCUGGGCCAUCUUCAGGGUAAACGCAGCGACAGCCGGCAUGAGCUGAUGGACGCCAGCGAGCUGGUGGCCGAGAUCAACAAGCUGUUGCAGGACGUCCGGCAGAGCUAAAUGUCUUGUUUUACUUCUUGAGAAAAGAAGAGAAAAUAAUUUAAAAGAGAAAAAAAGAGACACGAAAUUGUCAUUAAAGUUGCAAUUCUGACGUAAUUGUGUUUUGUGAAUGCUAAAUAUCCAAAAAAAAGAAGAAGAAAUUGUUUGUAAUUGCUGGUUUGGUACACAAUGUACACUAUAUGUGACUGUAUUUAUCUUUGUAUUUUAAAAAUACAUUUGUAUACUUAUAUUUAUAAAGAAAUGUAUAUAAACUUGAUCAGAAAUUCUAUUUUUAUAUUUCAAAUGCAUGUUAAGGAAGAAAAAAAGAAGAGAAUCAAGAUUUUGACAUGCGAUUGACAUUCUGCAUAUUUAAAACUGUUUUUUGUACUGUGGUUUUUUUUUAAUUGUCACUAUGAUAUGUAUACAUGAAUAUAUUAAGCAAUGAACAUGUGUUUUUGUGAAUUAUUGUGGGGGACGGGGGUGGUACACAAAUAAAAAUGAUAA